GGGAUCUUUUCCCCUACAGAGCCAUUUUCCCUAUGGAAGUCUACCAUGCCCGUCGGUGUACACGCACCACAAACGCAACUCAAAAAGACACGAAAAUAAAAAAAAGAAAAAACGUAACGAUGUUUGGCCGUAUCGUCUACCAUAAUUCUAGUGACAUUAUCGAAACGAAGGAAUCAGUGGUGAUUCGCGACGAGCAGCAGGGAUUUUGUACAUACGGUGCGCGCGCAUCCAGUGGCACGACGUAAGACAGAGGUAGCAGCGAGCAAGAGAGCAGUACAGAAACGGAAUCAGAUGUGGUGAAGUCUGUGAGUUGACAGUGGGGUGCACCUCGAACAGGCGUUCCAUAGUGGUGGAGGCGGAGGAGGUUUUAGGGGAAAGAAUUGUUUUCUGUGUGCGCGAGAAACGUGUCGACGGUAAAAGUCCAACGGAACGGAUACAUCGUCGGUGAUGGUGAAAUGAUCCUCUAGCCCGAGGAUUUCGUCUCGGUCCGCUCGGACAAAGAGGAGAACCCUUUCGAUAUCGCCGUUCUUCGAGGGAUCCUACGCUCGUUCAUCCGUAGGAAACAUCGUUAAACGCUGACGUCGCAAAAUUCGUCCGGGUGUCGUUUUCUUUCGCGGUCGAGGCGUCGAACAUCUAGCGACCAUCACGCGCGCGUGUCUUUGUUUUUUUCGUUUCGUGAUACCAACUUGCUCGUCCACGGGAAAAAACAGUGUGUUAUAUCACGGUUGGUGAAAGACUAACUUCUGUUGUGCGGCUAAUAACUUUGUAGCAGUGCAGAGGCCCUUCCUGAACGACGAUCGAGCUCAGCUGAUUCAAGGACUUGCUGCGAAGGGCUCUGCUGCGUUUUAAUAGAUAAAUAUGUCGUCCCCCAGCGCUGGAAAACGACGUAUGGACACGGACGUUCUCAAAUUAAUAGAAAGCAAGCAUGAGGUGACGAUUCUAGGAGGAUUAAACGAAUUUUCCGUGAAAUUCUACGGUCCAAGGGGCACACCUUACGAGGGUGGAAUAUGGAAGGUGAGGGUUCACUUGCCCGAGCACUACCCCUUCAAAUCUCCUUCGAUCGGUUUUAUGAACAAGGUGUACCACCCUAACAUUGACGAAGUCUCUGGCACGGUGUGUCUAGACGUAAUAAACCAGGCCUGGACUGCCCUUUACGAUUUAUCGAAUAUUUUCGAGUCUUUCCUACCCCAAUUGUUAACAUAUCCUAAUCCAAUUGACCCUUUAAAUGGCGACGCCGCGGCCAUGUAUCUACACAAACCUGAGGAGUACAAGAAGAAGGUAGCAGAUUACGUGAGGAAAUACGCGACGGAGGAGGCGCUAAGGGACCAGGAGAACGGCGGUACCGAAAACGGUGUGUCGUCCGACAGCGAGUCUUCGAUGAGCGAUUUCAGCGAGGACGAAGCACAGGACAUGGAGUUGUAACCAAAUAUUUUACCAUCCGUACCCAUAUCCUUAAUCUCGAUUCCCUGUAAACACUCCGAUCGCUCGUCCUACCAAAUAGAUGCUUACAUUCGAACCACCAGACAGACAUCACUGUCGGUUUAGCCAACAUGGCACACUCGUCACUUCGUUUCCUAGGGAACACGUUUGAACUGCGACCAGAUUGUUGUUAAAUUAUUAUCCGGCAGGUAAACGAAACAAGAAGGAAGCGUUAGAGAAAAAGAAAAGUACAGUAAAAGUCGAUGAGAGAAAAAAAAGUAACAUAAUCGCUUUUGGAGUUCUCUUUUAAAAGGGAGACGCAACAACGUCGCGUUGUUUUUACCGAUCGAGAGAGGAUUUUUUCUUUUCUUUUUGUUCCCCAUGGGGUCAGUUUGUCUAAAAUCGAUCAAUGGUCGUGAACAAUCGUUCAUGUCUCGUGAUUGACCACGCGAUUGCUCUUUUUUUUUGUUUAUUAUUUUUUAGUUGGUUGUACCCUCCUCGUUUCGGGUUUCUCUUCCUUUCUAACCGAUAUGUUUGCGUACACGGUCAGACAGACCGUGCAUAGAGGUUAACGUUGCACGAACACGAAGGAAAGUUGUUGAUUUCGUUUACCGACGAUUUGUAUCUCUUACGGUUGUUGCAACUCGUGUUACGUUGUGUUUUAGCGAGCUUUGUUGUUCGUACACGCUGCGAGAAUAAUUCGCGGGGUGAGCAGGGUGUUCGAGUACGUCAACAUUUUAGGGGAUGUAAAAAGACACCUUCUCUGUCGUAUAUUGUUUUAGUUUGAAUUAAAAUUUAGCUUAGGAUUAAGAAACAGGUUUAACCCUUGAAAUCAUGAGUACAAUUUCACCUCAACGAUUAUGCAGAACAGUUAUUUGCAAUCACGUUUAUUUUUCUGGCGUUGCGUGAAAGUUUGUAAUUAAUGGAAUAUUUAAAUUAUGUUAUCCAUUGUUUAAUAUCAAACCAUGUGUACUAUUAUUUAAUAUCAAAUUAAUAGCAUGGCGGUUAAUAGGCUUUUACCGUUAUCGUUCACUUUUAAAACAGAAACAAGACCGGGGUGAAUUUUCAUGCAUGAUAUCAACGUUUAAUUAUAGUCUCCGUGGCGAUUAUAGACUUUUAAGGGUUAAAACUGAAAUUUAGUUAACUUAAGAUUAUAAGGAUUGUACGUAGUAACUCAAGCUCUAUGGAUGAUAUUUUUAAAUAAAAAUUUGUGUUCUUAACGACAAAAAUUAUAAGCUACUGCACCUUUUCUGGAUUAUGGGGUUGCUCUGAAAAUUUUUUAAAACGUUGUUGAUAUAAUUAUUUCAAAAUUUACUUAAUAAAAUCUAAAUGCCAAAUAAAAUUUAUAAAGACAGUAGAUACAAUAAUGUUUAACCCUUGUUGCAAAUGAACGAUAUAAAAUUUUGUAUGUUAAAUAACAUUUUUGUAUGUAAAAUGAAAUGAAGAUGUUUAUGUGUAGUGCUAUUAUAUCAACGUUAUUAUGUAAAACUGAUUAAAAAUGAUUACAUUGAAAAAAUCACUUUUUGAAAAAAUAUUAAAUGACACCUCUUUGUAUUUCCACUUGUGUGAAUAAAUUUUAAAACCAGACCUUUUAAAUACAUAUUAGAAAAUCUCUUGUAAAAUUGAAGACAUGCAACAAAGGGUUAAAUGUUUCCAGUAAAUCAUCAAUAAUGCAUGCAAUUACUAACAAUGGUAUUUACACGCGCUGUAAAAUUAAUUCUCAAAUUGUAAUUACUCUACAAGCUAGAAACUAAGAAAAUAAUAAUUGUAUGAAAGUUAAAAUACCAUCCUAAUUUUACCGCCACUCAGAAUUCUUUUACACUGUCGCUAAAAAUGUUCGCAAUUAAAAUUGUCAGAGCCUACGGCAGCGAAGGUGUCAACCCUAAUUUUAACGAAUAACUUCAACGAUACCGUCAACACCCUGUGAUCAUUUAGCAAUUAUUAUUCUCGCACGUUACGAAAAUUCAUUUCCGCUGUAGAGUAACGACUCUUUUGUUGCUUUCACGAAACUAUUUUUCACGAUCGCAAUUCUCGACGAUGAGAAAAGAAACAGAUGCUGAAAGCCAAGGUGCAGGCGAUGACACCCUUCGAUCAUCGAUAUCUCUUUUUCUUUUUCCGUUGUCGAUUACCUCUCUCUAUACGUUUGAUUUCCGUCGAAGAGAAAAGAAAGCGAACUAAGAGAAAAAAGAAAAAAAAAAAGAAUUUGGAAAAUGGGUACUAGGUCCAUCUUCCUUGUCAUUGUUCUGUCAUCACCAUCCCUAAACGUUUCCCUCGUAGGGCGGAGCAGCCGGGACAGGCUUCGACGACAGUGUUGAAGACACUAACAAGCCUACGUUAUAAACGGCGUUUAAGUAACGAUGUUAAUGUCGGAUUGUCCCAACCGCAGUUGAAAUCUGCACGCUCAACGAUGAUUCUCGAGAGAAGAGAAACGAUCGACGAAGACCGGUGUCGAUUCGAAGCGUCCAGCAUGGCCUUCUGUAGCGAAACUGACGCGAACACCUCGAAUCCUUCGCGUAUUAUUGGACGAUCACGAGAGGACGAAGAAGCCUCGGCCACGCCGGAAGUGCACCAGUAUUCGGAUAUGGACGUAGACUCGAUUAACUCGCCGGCCGGAAGUAGAAGCGGCAAUUUGGAUAGCGGCACAGUCUGAUACGGUGAUGAUGGACUCUGUUUGGAGAGCGCGGUGCAGCGACGUGCGUGUGGGCUGCAGUCGUGGACAGUGAUCGGACUGGGAAGAAGGAUUCUCGGUAUUCGUCUAGCCUACACGUCAUCGCUGCACGCCCCGUGCACGUCGUUGCCCCGUGAGCUCUUCGUCGGGCACGUUUACUGCCCAAACACCGGUCCAAUCACUGGUCAAACACCGAUCGUCGCGAAUAUCUCCUGGUGAAGUCUCUUUAUAUAUAUACAUAUAUUUUAUUAUACGUGUCUGAUUUAGAACGGCGAUUAUUGUUUGUACA